GGGCUGAAGUUGUGCCACAAGAGAGUUCAGUUUGUGAGCAAUCGCAUCUCGGAAUUACAGCCAUUCGCCGCGGCAAUUUCCAGCUCCUCUCCUCGUAUCCCCCAACCCCUGGCAAUGUCGCGAAGCUGUAUGGUAGGCUCGUGACCAGCCUGAUAUACACUACGCCGUUAUUUGACGUGGUGACCGGCGGGGUCUAGGCAUGAAUAUCGAUAUUCAAUAAGUGUCCCUUUACAGCCAUUUCAUCUCAUCUCCUCUAUGACAAGUUGCUCCGUCAAUGGCCGCGCCUCCCGAAGUAACGACCAAGAAUCUCACUGGGAAAUAUGUUAUGAACAAGACAUUGAGCGAUGACAGCGACGAUAUCCUCAAGCUCCAGGGCAUAUCUUGGUUCAAGCGGCGUGCCAUCUCGAUGUUUACGUUGACGCUUGUGGUAAAGCACUAUGCCGACGAGGGCGGCUCUGAGCACAUAGAUAUCGAACAGACUCUAUCUGGCGGUAUCUCAGGCACGACUCAGUGUCGCACUCUCGAUUGGGAGGAACGUAACAUAAAUGACGAUGUUUUUGGUGCUUUGAUAACACAAUCAAAGAGAAUCAAGGCUGAGGAAGUGGAUGAUGAAUUCUUGAGGUCUGGCUGGACGGAAGAUGCAGUUGAAGACGGGUUGAUUUUCGGUGUAACCCGGAGUGAUACAUCAAAAAGUGGCAUGGAAUGGAAGACAGAACUGACAUGGGGGUUUAAAGUAUUAGACGGCGAGAGGAGAUACGCUAGACAUGUGAAGUUCACAUCAUCGGAUAAGAAGGAUGGUCCCAUCUUCAAACAUCUCUAUUACGAUUACGCCGGACCCAGUUGAAUAUCACGGACCUCUAUGAAUGUACAAUA